GAAGCCGUCUUUGUUCAUCAAAUUCAUCUUCUUCGCCGUCUUACUCUGGUGUAAACCAAAAUGAUGCGCUCCAUUGACGUCUACGUCAAAACCGUGGCCCCUCCCGUCCGUUCAAUCCUCUUCUCGAUCUUUACCUCUAAGCAGAAAUCGCCGUCGCUUUCGCUUCCAUUGCACUUGUCGUUGCGGUCCUUCUCUGUUGCUCCCUCUCGUUAUUUCUCCAAUGUUCUACCCAUCUCCAAUUCUCCGAUUUGGGGUUUUAGAGCAAUCCGAAACCACGGUUCUCUCUUCUCUGUGAGGGCUAUCUCUUCGUCCACGACAGCGUCUGUCGAUUUGGUUCAGCAGCAGAGCCCAACGCUAGUUGAUGAUGAGAAUCGUGGAAGCUUAGAGGAGGCAGCAAAGCCUUCUAUUCCUGUACGAGCUUAUUUCUUCUCCACUAGCGUUAAUUUGAGAAGCUUAAUUGAGCAGAACAAGCAGAACUUCAUCCCACCUACUUCGCGUACGGCUAACUGUGCUGUUCUCAAGUUCGGCAAUCAUUCUGACCCCACCGGUACUACUGCUGGAUGUAUAAGUUGGACUGAUUGUAUCUACAUGGUAGUAUAUCAGUAUGGAUCGAUUGUCUUAUUUAAUGUACGGGAACACGAGGUUGAUGAGUAUCUUAAAUUGGUGGAGAGGCAUGCUUACUGUUUGCUUCCUGAAAUGAAAAUAGAUGAAUAUGAGGUAAGAGAGGAUCUAAAUUUGGAAACAUGGAUGGAGCCAGGACCGGAUUUUAUAAUGUUGCAGUUCUUGAAUAGUGAUGGGAUCAGAACCAUAGGCAGUGUUCUGGGGCUGAGCAUUGCCCUGGAUCACUAUGACCGGCAGGUUGAUGGUAUACUAGCAGAAUUUACUAACAUAAACAGUCGGUUGGAGGGAACAGGAACGUUUACGAUGGAUAAGAGAAAGCUGUUCCAGUUGGUUGGAAAGGCUAAUUCUAAUCUAGCUGAUGUGAUUCUGAAGCUUCGUCUUUUUGAGAGGUUAGAUAUAGCUUGGAAGGAUGCGAAAUAUGAUCAGAUAUGGGAGUUUCUGAGAGCUGAAUUUGAACUGACAAGGAGAUUUGCAAGCCUUGAUUAUAAGCUGAAGAUUGUAGAGCACAACGUUAGUCUCCUUCUAGGAAUACUUCAGAACAGGAAAUCAAAUUUUCUGGAGUGGCUAAUCGUUAUACUGAUUUGUACGGAGAUCGUGAUUACUGUGUAUAACUUGGCCCGGACGUCCUUGUGAGCGGCCAUCCUCUGCCGUGUCGAAAGCAUAUUCAUAUUCUUUAUUAUGGUUACAAGUUGCAACUCUUCUUCACGAUGUAAAGUGAUAAUGUAGCUCAUUAAUAUAAACUUUGAGAAUGAGUUUAGGAGUUAGAAUUAAGUUUGUUACAGACCA